AUGGAGAGGAAUGGGUCCUUUGGUAGUGAAGACCAUAACCAUGGGAGCAGUCUGUCUGUAGCUGGGGUGGAAGAUAUUCAGGCUGGAGUAGGGCAGGCUUAUAUAGCUGUCAGUGCUCUAUCUAACACCUUGGGAUGGCUAGGUUGUGGAGGAGUGAUGAUCAAGGAAGGUGAGCUGGUUGAUAAAUGGUCAGAGGCUAAGGCUUUUGCAGGUUCUAAGCAAGAAGGUAGAUUGAUGGCAAUUAGAUGGGCAAUGGAAAAAACUGUGGAGAAUAAUGUUGAAGAUUUCAUUUGUCUGGUGGAUGAUAAAGACCUUGUCUUCAAACUGAACAACAAGAAUGCCUUCAAUUGCCAUUAUGAUAUCAUUGUUAUUGACAUUUAUGACUUUGUUUCUAGGCUUAUUUCUUGCAAAUAUGUCUUUGAUUGUAAUUGGGUUUCUGAAUGUGUAGACUUAGCCAAGAUGGCUUUAGAGGGAAAGCUAAAUGCUGCCUCCCGUGAUGAUGGUGCCUUAGUUGUUUAG